GAUCUCUCCUCUCUCAGAAACAGCUGAAUCUCCCUCCAGCUGAUCACCACCAAUUAACUAACAUUUAUUAUCCUCAAAUAUAGCCACUGUUUUACCGGCUCACUUAUAUUCAUGUGACGAUAUAUAUCCCAACUCUCAGCGGUCCGCUCGUCAUUUUCUCCCGUUGCGCAACAGCAACCAGCUAGCUGCAGCCUUCAGUCUCCAAAACAGCAGCCGGGGUGAUGACAAGCUGUUUGUCCUCUUAAACCGGUUUGACUGACCCGGAUCGGUUCGGCCUGGCAUGCCAAAGGACGAUCUGUUGAACCAGCUCAGAUACCAGUUACCAUGAGUGCAAUGCGUGUCGACGCCAAAGUGGUGAUGCUGGGAAAGGAGAGUGUUGGGAAGACCAGCCUGGUGGAGAGAUACGUUCAUCAUCGCUUCUUGGUCGGCCCCUACCAGAAUACUAUCGGUGCUGCUUUUGUUGCCAAACCAAUCCAGGUGGGAGAGAAAGUGAUCACCCUGGGAAUAUGGGACACGGCUGGAUCAGAGCGCUACGAAGCCAUGAGCAGAAUCUACUACAGAGGAGCCCGGGCCGCCAUAGUCUGCUACGAUCUGACUGACCCCAGCAGCUUCCAGCGAGCUCGGUUCUGGGUGAAGGAGCUGCAGAACUGCGAGGACCACUGUAAGAUCUACCUGUGUGGCACUAAGAGCGACCUGAUCGAAGGAGACCGGAGCCUGCGCCAAAUCGACUACCACGAUGCUCAGGAGUUUGCUGACGAGAUCCGUGCGCUGCAUUUUGAGACCUCCAGUAAAACAGGAAAUAACGUGGAUGAUCUGUUCCAGAAAGUUGCUGAGGAUUACAACGACACUGCCUUCCAGGACCUGACACCAGAGGAAACGGGAGUGGACUUGGGCCAGAAGAAAGACUCAUAUUUCUACUCCUGUUGCCAUAACAACUGAUGCCGAGCAACAGGAAGGGAAACACAAGUGGUCACCUUCCCCUCGGCUGGAGUAAAAAAAAAGAAACGUGGAUAGCCUGCAUGAAUGGGUGGUCGGAUAACUCGGCUCUGGAGCUGGAAUCCAAAUCACAGAAGAAGGAAAAAAAAAUAAUCAAGUUCAAAACUUGUUCGAUAUGUUUAUUUCUUUUGUGCCAUAAAGAACUGAAGGCUUCAAGACUUUAUGGAAGAGGAUCUACUGCUGCUGCAACUGUUACCGUGUGGGAGAGGGAUUUAAAAAAACCAAACAUCAUUUCUACUUUCCCCCCCAGUUUUGUCCCUUCUCGGCCGUAGCUUCUUGAGCUGGACCGUGGAAGUAAACGCGUCUCUAAAAGCUGUGUUGUUUAUCAAUCCGAAGUUUAAAAAAAAAGAGGGAACCCACUGAACACAGACUGGCAGAGAAAACUUUAUUGUUUUAGCAAGCAGUGCAGUGCUUCAGGAGGGUGAAUGGUUUGUUUACAGCAGUUCAUUUUUGUUUACGUAUUUAAACUUGUCUGUUAGUCUGGCUCAUCUAUAUCGAAGCCCACACAACUGAAGUGAAGCCAAAUAGGCUAUAAAAAAAACAAAACACUUUAUGUUCACAGUCAUACCUACUUAAAAUGUAUUAUUAUUUAGCAAAUCUGGUAAAACUCAUGAAUGAAUUGAAAACAAUGAUCCUUAUAAAGGCCUUAGUUUUGAAAUGUGUGUGUUCAAAACUUCCCAAAGCAUUUGCUCUUCAAAGUUUACUGAGACAUUAUGGAUGUAUUAAGAGAGCUGGAUAGGGCGCCACCACACUGCUGGUGGUCAUUGGUGGUACUGCAAAAAUACAUCCUGUGCAAUUCUAUUCUGCAUUUUGAGAUGAAUCCAGUUCUUAAAAUACAUCCGCAGUGACAACACGUUUCUGUUUAUAUUUUGCAGCAUAAGCUAUGAUUCUGAUUUAAAAGGUGACUAUAAUGCCAACAUCUCUAAUUCAAUUGCAUGACCUGAGCUCAGUGAAAGAAAAUGAUCGGGACAGUUACUUUUUCUACAUUUAAACUCUAAAUUAUCUAUUUUGUCAUUUAAAAUGCAAAGUACACAUAUGGAAAUGUGUUUCUUUCAGUCUCUUGUGGCAGUGAAAUGUUCCUUCAAAGCUCUGAAAGGUUUUUAAGAAACACUGGUGAUCAAAGUUCCCCUCCACUGUGGUGGAGCAUAUAUUACUGCAUAUUUCGCCAACACAGGAAAAAGAAACGUUGUGGGUGAAUGUUGUAACGUGGCUCAAACUGUCAUCUCAAUGUCCUCAAAAACAUAUUUACAGCUGCAUUUAACUUAAACACUCUAAUUUAUUGCCUUUUUAAGUUGUGCUGCCAUGAAGACAUGGGGAAAUAAAAUUUGUCACAAUAUCGGUUUCCUCCAUGUUGCUGCUUUGACGUGUUGACGUUUCAUGUGUUGAUAUAUGAUGCACAAUAUUUUAUAUUCAGGGUUGUUUAAGACAGACGGGUGUAAAGUACAAAUAUCUUCUUUAAAAUUAAAAGCUUGUUAAAAUGAUGUUUCAAAGCUCUGAAAGAUUUUAUAGUGAUUGAUCAACACUUUGUUUUGCCUUUGUGUAUGAUAUCUGAGCUUUUUAUGAAUUUGAUUGAAAAAUAAUCGCAAUAUGCUGUUUGUAAAAAUCUACAAUGUGUUGCAAAUCAUCACCAACCUUCACAUUAAUGCAUCAGAGCUGAAUCUGUAGCGUAGAGAAAACCUUUUUUGUAGGUUUGUGUUUCCAGACGAUUUUUCAUAAUCCACUUGCAGAUGAUUUUGCUGGUUUCAAACGUCUCCUCUCUGUAGUAUCAUCUCACUCCGUUUAUCCACAUUCUGAAAGAAAACAAACAUUUACAUAAAAGCUUGUGCCUCAAAAAGGGAUGUUACAAUAAACCAAAUAAAAUCACUUGAAAUCAGCAAAACUUGUGCUUUGUACUGCAAAUCAUAACCUGUAUAAUAAUAAUAAUAAUAAUAAUAAUAAUAUAAAUGUAAACCAUGCUUUGUGUUGCAUUUAGGGACUUUCUGGCAUGUCAGAUAUGAUGACCAUGACCCAAAAGCACAGAUGAGCUACACCACUAGAAUACAAAGAAACAAAGUCAUAUCACAGAGCCUUCAAAGUCUUCAAAAGCAUUAAAUUCAGAUCCAUAAAAAAGGCCUUACAAAGUAUCCAUGUCUUAAAUGUAAUAUUCAAAAGUCCCAUUGUCUCAUAAUAAAUGUUGAUUUCAGCUUAAAAUGUAUUAUUCUUUGUUGGUUAAUACAUCCAUAAUUUGCCUUGCUCAUCAACAUUGAAUUGAUUCAUUAUAUUAUGAGAAAUUUAAGUUAUAUACAGCUGGGAAGUACAGGAAAAAAAGUGAUAUACAUGUCAAUAACUUUAUUAUAAAGAAUUGUCGGCCUUAUUGUCCUCAUUGGUCAUUAUUUGACCUUGAAAAAGAUUAAAUUGCAUUGUGGUCCUUACAUUUGUUUAGUGAAUGCAGAAACCUGUAUUAAAAUGAAUAAAAACAAUACAUCUGGAAACUUAAACUAUGCAUUGGAAAAUAGUGUAGAAAUAUAAAAAUGGUUUAUCAAGGAAUCUGUCUGUUCUUAAAACAACUUUGAAAAGAAAGGGGGAACUAGUGAACUGAAACUCACUUCUUUAUUUUGUUUUGUUUGAUGUUGACCUUCAAGUUGCUGUAAAAAUAAAGAAUACAUCAGUCAUAUUUAAAGUCGUAUUUAAAGUUUAAACAUGUAGAAAAAUGCAAAAGUAAAGAAAAAAACAUGACUUACUUCUUGACUCUAAACAGAUGACUGCACAAGCUGAUCUACACCGGAGAACUCAUUUACAACGUUUCUGCUGUUAUAAAUAAAGGCUGGUUUAUUAUUUAUUAAAGGACAGGUUUAUUUUGCAGCGCCAUGUGUUUACUGUGAAUGUAUUGCUACAUGUUUACACUCUUGUACAGCCGGGCUUGUAAAUUUAUUUUCUUUGCAAAACUUGAUUUAAAUGUUAAUUGGAGUGACACCUGAGAGUUUCUGAGUCUGUUUCCACUUUAUCUCUGGUACAUUGUAUAACUUUUGAGUUUUUUUUUUUUAACUCACCUGUGGCUGACCUACACAGCUGUUUCUACUUAUCUCAGCUGAUUAGACCUCUUCUCUGGCUUCCCCUCCAUUUCUCAUGACUGAAUCCAAAAGAUAUGUCUAUGGCAACUCCAAUAAAUUGUGCAAAUAAUAAAAAGUUUACCAGGGCAUCUCCAAUUCCUGUUGCUGUUUGAUCAUCGGAUAAUAAAGAGAGAUUACCACUCACAUCUCAGAUUUGUUCUGUUCUUUUUCACCGCAGAUCAUUCUGAUUUAUCCCAGUAGGAACAGCACAGGUGUUACUAAUAACAUUAACGAUGGCUGUUCUGUUCAAGUUGCCCCAGUAAGUCAAGGCAGUGAGCCAACAUGCACAA